UCGAAUCCUGGUAUAUCGAGCAAGGACCCACCAAAACAACAAAAUGAGCCUGACCAAGCGACUCCUGCACAUUUCCCUUCUUUGCAGCUACGCCAAGAGAACCCACCCUUCCGCGGAUCGUAAUUCCCAGCCGAUUUCCGAGGCUCUUCUGGCCCAGGUGGAUCGGCAGAAAAAGGACUUGAAGCUCCUUGAGAUUGCCUCGGGAUCUGGGCAGCACGCCGGAUACCUGGCUCCACUGUUGCCCAAUAUUAGCUUCCAACCGACGGAAUUCGAAAGGUCGCAGUUUGAUUCCAUUUCCGCAUAUGCCGGAGACUGCGCCACCGGCAACAUUCGAUUGCCCUUCUACGUGGACGUUACCCGGGAUCCUAAGGAGUGGGAGGGACCACCUGCCCCAGCAAGCUACGACUACUUUUUCAACUCCAAUAUGAUGCACAUCAGCCCCUGGGAGUGCUCCGUGGGACUCUUCCGAGCUGCCGGGCAGCUACUGAAGCGGGGAGGCAGAAUGUUCACCUACGGUCCCUAUGCGCAGGAUGGCAUCCUGACGCCCCAGAGCAACGUGGACUUCGACCGGAGCCUGCGGGGAAGAGAUCCCUCAUGGGGCGUCCGGGAUAUCAAAGAUCUGAAGGUGCUGGCCCAGGAAAACGGGAUGCAGUUGGAGAAAAUCGUGGAUAUGCCGUCGAACAACAAAUUUCUGACCUGGCUUAAGUUAUAAAAUAGUGCACUAGACCGAAAGCUCCCUUGAUUGAUUAGCCCUCUUAGAUAACGUCUGAUAGCAUCGUUGACAUCGUUUAUUUGGUGGCAAUAAAUUUAGUUUUAUUGAGCGUGA